CCCCGGGCAGCCCGGCCGGCCGCGCGCAGGACCCAGCGCCGGGUCAGAGCUGUCAGAUGGGAGAGCCCCAGCAGACUGGAUGAAGCUGGCGUGGGCACCAUGUCAUCAUGUGUCUCUAGCCAGCCCGCCCCCACACCCUCGGAGAGGCCCACACCACGGGAUGAGAACCCUAAACCCUGCGAGGCCCUCCACGGGCUCUCAUCCCUGAGCCUCCACUUGGGCAGCAUGGAGUCCUUCAUCGUGGUGACUGAGUGCGAGCCUGGCUGUGCCAGCGGGGCCCUGGGCCAGGGGCAGCCGGAGGAGCAGAUGGAGCACGGUGGGGAGGAGGAGGAGGUUCUCCAGGCACCUGCUGACCCUGGGCCCCAGGCCCGGCCCCACCUCUCCGGCCGCAAGCUGUCCUUGCAGGAGCGGUCCCAGGCCACCCUGUCCCCUGGAGGGAGCGGGAGUGUGAACGGCCGCUUUAUCUACCCCUCUCUUCCUUACUCUCCGGUCAGCUCACCCCAGUCCUCCCCCCGGCUCCCCCGCAGGCCCACGGUGGAGUCUAGACACGUCUCUAUCACCGGGAUGCAGGACUGUGUACAGCUUAAUCAGUAUACGCUGAAAGAUGAGAUUGGGAAGGGUUCUUAUGGAGUGGUCAAGCUGGCUUACAACGAAGAUGACAAUACUUACUAUGCCAUGAAGGUGCUUUCCAAAAAGAAGCUGAUGCGGCAGGCAGGCUUCCCCCGCCGUCCCCCACCCCGUGGCACCAAGCCCGCCUCAGAAGGCUGCAUCCAACCCAAGGGCCCCAUUGAACAGGUCUACCAAGAGAUCGCUAUUCUCAAAAAGCUGGACCAUCCCAAUGUGGUGAAGCUGGUGGAGGUCCUGGAUGACCCAAAUGAGGACCAUCUCUACAUGGUGUUUGAACUGGUCAAUCAGGGGCCUGUAAUGGAAGUGCCAACAGUCAAGCCACUGACUGAGGACCAGGCCCGAUUCUACUUCCAAGAUCUGAUCAAAGGCAUUGAAUACUUGCACUACCAGAAGAUCAUCCACCGAGACAUCAAGCCUUCCAACCUCCUGGUUGGAGAGGAUGGACACAUCAAGAUCGCGGACUUUGGGGUGAGCAAUGAAUUCAAGGGCACCGACGCCCUCCUCACCAACACCGUGGGCACACCGGCCUUCAUGGCGCCUGAAACACUGUCUGAGACCCGGAAGAUCUUCUCUGGGAAGGCUCUGGAUGUGUGGGCCAUGGGAGUGACCCUCUACUGCUUUGUCUUCGGCCAGUGCCCAUUUAUGGAUGAACGGAUCUUGUCUUUGCAUAGUAAGAUCAAAAGCCAGGCCCUGGAGUUCCCAGACCAGCCCGAUAUUGCUGAUGAUCUGAAGGACCUGAUUGUGCGAAUGUUGGAUAAGAAUCCCGAGUCCAGGAUCAUUGUCCCAGAGAUCAAGCUACACCCCUGGGUCACAAGGCACGGGGCCGAGCUGCUGCCAACAGAGGAUGAGAACUGCACCUUGGUGGAGGUGACGGAAGAGGAGGUGGAGAACUCCAUCAAACACAUCCCCAGCCUGGCGACUGUGAUCCUUGUGAAGACCAUGAUCCGUAAACGAUCUUUUGGGAACCCUUUCGAGGGUAGCCGGCGGGAAGAACGUUCCUUGUCUGCCCCUGGAAACCUGCUCACAAAAAAACAUACAGGGGGAUGUGAGCCCUUCCUGGAGUCCAAGCAGGAAGCAAGGCAGCGAAGACAGCCUCAGGUACACCGACCUGCCGCAAGUCGGGGAGGAGGAGGUGGUCUGGUGAAGACUGCCGCCCUGGUGGAAGCGCGGGCCCCGGACCGCCCGGUGGGUAACGGGCACCGGCCGCUGCCUCCGCCGGGAGAGGCAGCGAUGGAGCCUGAAUAACGCCGGCUGGGCACGUCCACGGUCCGGCCUGCUCGCCUCCACGGGGCCCCGUGCUGGCCGCCAACACAUCCUGUCUCCAUAGCCGCAUGUCCUACCGAAACUGACCACUUGUGUAAAGCGUUGCCCGUCA